UUUAUCUCGGUGCUGCCAGGGAGGCGGGAGGAGGAGACAACGGGGGUGGCCCUGAGCGCCGGCGAUACCUUUCCCGGAUUAUAAAUUGAGCACCUGGGAUGGGUAGGGGGCCGACACAGCCACCGCCGCCCCCAGUCACAGUCCGGCCACUGACCGCAGCAGCGCCCUUGGGCAGCAGCCACCAGCAGCGGAAAUACUGAGCUGCCAAGGAGCAGGGGAUCUCGAGGCGCAAGAGGAGGCCAGGGCUAGACCCACCGACCACCCGCCACCAUCGCGAGCUACCGGACUCCGAAGCCGGGAGAAGCCGCGCGUCCCGCAGGACCGGGCUGAGAGCGAGAAGAGAGUUGGAGAGGACGGAGGAGGAGCCGGGAAUCCCGGGCGCAUCGGCUGUAGCCAGGCCCCCGGCGCGGGCCUCGGAGAGCGCGUGAAGGCGGGCACCCUCGCCCCGACCGACCAUCCCGGUGUCCCUGUGUCCCUGCGCUUCGGCGUCCGCGUGGCCACCAUGAUGCAAAUCUGCGACACCUACAACCAGAAGCACUCGCUCUUUAACGCCAUGAAUCGCUUCAUCGGCGCCGUGAACAACAUGGACCAGACGGUGAUGGUGCCCAGCCUGCUGCGCGACGUGCCCCUGGCCGAGCCCGAGUUAGACCACGACGUCGGCGUGGAGGUAGGCGGCGGUGGCGGCUGCCUGGGGGAACGCACGCCCCCGGCCCCCAGCCCUGGCAACGCCAACGGCAGCUUUUUCGCACCCUCACGGGACAUGUACAGCCACUACGUGCUGCUCAAGUCCAUCCGCAACGACAUCGAGUGGGGAGUCCUGCACCAGCCGCCGUCGCCAGCGGCGGGGAGCGAGGAAGGCAACGCCUGGAAGUCCAAAGACAUCCUGGUGGAUCUGAGCCACUUGGAGGACGCGGACGCCAGCGAAGAAGACCUGGAGCAGCAGUUCCACUACCACCUGCACGGGCUGCACACUGUGCUCUCCAAACUCACGCGCAAAGCCAACAUCCUGACCAACAGAUACAAGCAGGAGAUCGGCUUCGGCAAUUGGGGCCACUGAGGCGGGGAGCCCGCAGCUGCCCAGCACCCUCUCCGGCUUCAUCUCUCACCCUCUUUCUUUCCUCAAAGCUAUUUUCUUCCUGGCUGUGGGGCGCGAAGGGCAGACCGCAAAGUUAGGGGGGCUGCGUACGUGCAGGGGGCGCGGCGGGGCUGUGUGGAGGAGGGGGCCUCGUUCGUGGGAGGAGAGGAAAGUGGCGGGCGAGGGGAGCUCAAGGAUCCCCCGGGAGGGGACCUACAUUCUAUGUUGGUGGGAAUGGGACUGGGCUGAUGCCCCACAUUCAGCCUGUGCCUUUCCUGGUGUAUCUUUUCUGUUCUUUCUGGAGGAGAAGGGCCUGAGAAGGGGCCAUGCCAGGGUGCGGCGCUGAGUUGCCACACUUCGGAGUGCAGCCCAGAGCUGGGUGCUGGGGAAGGCGGGGCGCUUAGCCUCCCGCCGCCCUGCCGUUGGGCCGGCGGGUUGCUACGGUUGCAUCAGUUUUUCUGUUUGCACUAUUUCUUUUCGUAACAGUGGCCCUGUCUUAAGUAUUUCAAGUACCUCCUUGCUCUGAAACUUAGGCGAUUCCAUUGUGAUAAGCGCACAAACAGCACUGUUGGUACUACUACCGGUACUACUUUAUUAAUGAUUCUCUGUUACACUGUACAGUAGUUCUGUGGCACCCCCGCCCCGCUCCUUUCACACCACCCCUUUCCCCACCCCAGUGUGUGUAAGCUGGCAUUGUGCCAGCUGGUAGGAAGCUUGCCACUCAGCCAGUGAAAAUAACAUUAUUAUGAGAAAGUGGACUUAUCCGAAAUGGAGCCAACUGACAUUCUAUCCGUGUUAUAUAUAGAAUGAUGAAGGGUUCCAUUGUUGUUCUAUGUCUUAAAUUUAUUUAAAACUUUUUUUAAUCCAGAUGUAGCUAUAUUCUAAAAAAUAAAAAAAAGCAAAUGUAUUAACUAAACUGUGCAAGCGUUUGUUGCUCUUUAAUCCACCAAUGAAUGGCUUAGUAGUUAAAUAAAAAUAAAUUUGAAUUUUUUUUUAGCAAAUGAAAUUUUAUUUUCUCUCUAGUAUUUCAAAAUGGUGGAUAUUCAUCUCUGCUGGUAUUUAGUUUGUUCGGGAAGUAGCUACUGACAAGAUUUACUUCCAAGCUUCAUUUCAAAUUCAGUAUCAAGAUAGGACCAUACAUCUCAACAAGAAGUUCAUAAAUACUCAAAGUAUUUGAGAAGGUACAUAUACUGUAUCUUUUAACCAAUUUGUCUAGCUUAUUGGAGCACUUAAGUCACAUUUUGAAUUUUUUAAGGAGCUUAAGCACAAGCUGAAGUGUUUUGAGGCACAAAAACUUACUCUAAAGGCUGAAAUUUCACUUGGUUACUGAGAAGUGAAAAUUUGAAAAGAAACAUCAGCUAAUAAUACUAGUGCACACGCCAUUUGGGUCUUUAUUUACAAAUCUUUUAUGUUGAUCUUAGGAGAUGCUUAAAUGUAUUAUAACAUGAGCUGUGUAUGACCUUUUUCACUAGUUCCCCACAAAGUGCUAAGCUUUGUUCAGAAGCGUUCAGUAAUUCUUCCAGGUUUUCUGUGAGCCCGUCUGUGAAUGUGGACAGCAAAUCUGAACAAGGCUGCUGUAGGGCCCUUGGGAAUGCUUCUCAGAUGCCAUUAUGAUGCUCUUCUGGGUUGGUGGGACAGAUGAAACACAGUGCUCUGCAUUUUCUUGUUUCAUUGUUUUGGGAAGAUAAAUGUCAAAUCAAGUUCAUGAGGCAUUCUGUAAGCUCGUAGAGCUUGAGUUUAAGGUGUAUAUAAAUUUGCAGCUAAAAAAAGCAAAAUGGGGUGUGU